GCCGCCCUCUCGGCCCCCGUAGUCGCGCUCGCAGCGCCCCGGUCACGUGACCGGAAGCGCCGUCUCCCCCGGGCUAACGGAAGAGAUGGAGCCGGCGAAGAUGGCGUCCCCCAAGAGCGCGCCCAAAGACGCGCAGGUGAUGGCGCAGAUCCUGAAGGACAUGGGCAUCACGGAGUACGAGCCGCGCGUCAUCAACCAGAUGCUGGAGUUCGCCUACAGGUAUGUUACAACCAUACUGGAAGAUGCAAAAAUCUAUUCGAGCCACGCAAAGAAAUCCAGCGUUGACGCGGACGACGUGAGGUUGGCGAUCCAGUGCCGAACAGACCAGUCCUUCACAUCUCCACCUCCGCGAGACUUCCUGUUAGAUAUUGCAAGGCAGAAAAACCAGACGCCGCUGCCACUGAUAAAGCCUUAUUCUGGACCCAGGCUCCCACCUGACAGAUACUGCUUGACUGCUCCCAACUACCGGCUGAAGUCCUUACAGAAGAAGGUCUCUUCCUCUGCAGGCAGAAUAACAGUCCCUCGCCUGAGUGUUGGUGCUGUGAGCAGCAGGCCCAGCACUCCUACUUUAGGUACACCUUCAGCACAAGCAGUGUCUGUCUCAACCAAAGUGGGCACUCCGGUGUCACUGACGGGGCAGAGGUUCACCGUGCAGAUCCCCUCUUCCCAGGCUGCAGUCAAGUCAGCCACCCCAACUACUCCGACAGUUCAGAAUGUUCUCAUUAAUCCUUCAUUAAUUGGACCAAAGAACAUUCUUAUUACUACAAAUAUGGUGUCAUCACAGAAUGCAUCUAAUGAAUCGAACCCCUUGAAAAGGAAGCAUGAAGAUGAUGAUGACUACGAUAACCUAUGAGGAGACUGCCCGGUCCCCGUUCCUGUCGUCGAUUCACAUUGAGUCUAAUGAGGUUUUUUGCCAAGAGUUCUUUGUCAGCAGUGUGAGAGUGUGUAAAUACUCAGUGUGCACUGGGUGUAGAGUGAGAGAGAUCUUUGCCUGUGGAAAGAAAGACGGGAAAGCGACUUACUGUUUCCUGUGGGCCAUGGGGUCUCAUGGAGCUCAGCAGCGGUGGUGAGCACCGGUCCCUGUCACACAGAACAGUCUUUGUGCCUCUUCUGUCACCUUAUUUCUAAAGGACGUCCAUGUCCACGUCCCUGAACCCAGGGAGCCCCGUGCUGUAGUACUGUCCUGUGCCAAGUAAAAUUAGUUUUUAGAAAAUUCUG